AUGCUUAAACAAGCUUUUGGCAAGCUUAAAUUAACAACAAGAAAGAGCGUUGUUUUGGGAAUUACAGGCAGUACUUGUACAGGAAAAACUACUUUAGCAAAUAAAUUGAGUCAAAAGCUGGUAAAUGAAGGUAUUUCUACACAAGUUAUUCAUCAAGAUAUUUUUUACAAAGAGAAGGAAGAAGUUACAACUUUAACAAAUUUACAGGAUUCUUCAAUUCUUUUUUAUAAUUAUGACCAAAUUAAUUCUUUAAAGACUGAAGAAAUGUUGGAAGCCGUGAGAAAAGCAAAAGAUUUAAAUCAAGUUGUUAUUGUUGAGGGAAAUAUGGUGACAAAUUUAGAGGAAAUUUUAAAAGAAAUUGAUGCAAUUAUUUUGUUAACUAUCGACAAAAAAAUAUGUGAGGAAAGGAGAAGUAAAAGAAUUUAUGAUCCUCCAGAUGAAAAGGGGUUUGAAAUUUUUUUUAAUUUUGGUUGA